UGAAUCCGAAGCCAACCGCAAACUUUCAUUGAAACGUCCAACAACAACAACAACAGCCGCGGGAUUAAAGCAAUAUCAAAAAUAGUACAAAACAUCGUUCGUCCUUGGCAUUUGAAACAGGGCCACCAAGCGGAAGUUGCAGGAAGAAACAGCUGCUGCCAGCUUGCAGCAUUAAGCGUAACUUUUAUUGAGAUAACGCCAAUCUAGAGGCGGUGCAGCCAAGACGCAAUCCUGGCCCAGCGACAACAACAACACCACAGCAGCAACGGCAGCGCCAGCGGCGUUGGCAGCGUCGCGAGCAGCGGCGUUGGCAGCGUGCCCGUCAUCAUGGAGGGGCCGGAGGUAACAUUUCUCUUUCAAUUUGGCAGCAUUCGCGAUGCAGUCUGUGUACCGGUAAAUGCGCUCACGCUCAAAUCGCUCAAGGAUUUGGCAUGUGACUUCAUCAACACCAAGAUACCAGAUAGCGGACUCACAUAUCUGUCAGAGCGCAUACUGCUCUUCAUACAUGACUAUAGCACACCCAAUGUGCUGCACAUUAUCAAUUCCGCCGCGGAAGUUGUGGACGAGACAUUGGUGGAAAUUGUAUUAACAGCCAGUCCCAUACUGUAUCCGACAUCGGAAAUGCCAACACUGAAGCCGCAUAGCCUGAACGUGCACUCCUAUAAGGCGCCCACAUUCUGUGAUUUUUGCGGCGAGAUGCUGUUUGGUCUGGUGCGUCAAGGACUCAAAUGCGAUGGCUGUGGUCAAAACUAUCACAAACGAUGUGUGGUGAAAAUACCCAACAAUUGCAACCGGUCCAGUGAUGCCACAUCGCGACGUUCGUUCACAUUGCAGCCGCCCCGCAGCCCAUCCGGCAGCUCACAGCUGUCGCUUAUCUCCAACGAGGAGUCGACGGGUCGUCAUGACUCCAGCAGUUCACUGAACAUACCAGGAUAUACCGGCCGUCAUCAGCGCACUCACUCCGCCAGCAGCCGGAACGGUCAGAUGGUGCUCCGGAUUCCGCACACCUUCAUGGUGCACACAUACGGCAUACCCACGGUCUGUCAGCACUGCAAGAAGCUGCUGAAGGGCCUCUUCAAGCAGGGCUUGCAGUGCCGCGACUGCCAGUACAAUACUCACAAGAAGUGCAUGGAUAAGGUGCCGCAGGACUGCACCGGCGAGACGCAGCUCAGUCAAUUGCAGGCGGAGAUUAACGAUGGGACGCCGCGCAAGGAGCGCGACAAUUUCUUUCGCGAGGAGUUCGAUGACAGCGACUUUGAAGAUGGACCACAAACUGAAUAUGCCAAAUAUAACAAAGCCAGCGGCGGCACAAAUCUGGUAGCUGGGCGACCAAGGGAGCCACCCAAGGCCUUGACCAAUGCACAUAACUCACCACCGGAGCUAGUCAAUGGUGGCAUGGAUGGCAGCAGCAGCAGCAGCACUGCGGGGGAUACCAAAUCCAGCGACGGCCAGUCGGAGCAGUCGCAAUCCUCAUCCUCCUCUUCACCUAGCGCCAAUAUACCCCUCAUGCGCAUUGUGCAGUCCGUGAAGCACACAAAGAAACGUGGCGGCCAGGCCAUCAAGGAGGGUUGGCUGGUGCACUACACCUCCAUGGACAAGGCGCUGAAGCGCUACUUUUGGCGGCUGGACUCCAAGACCAUAACGUUGUUCAUAUCGGAGCAGGGCAGCAAGUACCACAAGGAGCUGCCCCUCGCCGAGCUACUAUCAAUUAAAACGCAUCGCGAUCCGCGACCCGAGAGCAACUACUGCUUUGAGCUGUGCACGGCCAAUCUGAGCUACUACGUAGGCCAGGAUCCUCAGCUGGGCGUGGCUGUGGAGCAAGCCGUACGCCUGCCCCCGCCGGACAGUGGCAUCGGCUCAGACAUAGCCAAGAGCUGGGAGACGAGCAUACGCCAAGCCUUCAUGCAUGUAACCAACACGCAAUGCUGCGAAUCGGAGGAACAGGUGCAGGACAUGGGUCAGCUAUAUCAGAUCUUUCCCGACGAAGUGCUCGGCUCCGGUCAGUUCGGUGUCGUCUACGGGGGUGUCCACAAGAAGUCUAAGCGGGAGGUGGCCAUCAAGGUAAUUGACAAGCUGCGCUUCCCCACCAAACAGGAGGCACAACUGAAAAACGAGGUGGCCAUACUCCAGAACAUAACCCACUGUGGCGUCGUAAAUUUGGAGCGUAUGUUCGAGACACCGGAGCGCAUAUUUGUGGUCAUGGAGAAGCUCAAGGGUGACAUGCUGGAGAUGAUACUCUCGCAUUCGCGCGGCCGUCUCAGCGAGCGUGUGACCAAGUUUCUGAUCACACAAAUCCUGAUUGCCCUGAAGUAUCUGCACUCCCAGAAUAUUGUGCAUUGCGAUCUGAAGCCGGAGAAUGUGUUGCUCUCUUCGGAUGCUGAAUUUCCGCAGGUAAAACUCUGCGAUUUUGGCUAUGCGCGCAUCAUUGGCGAGAAAUCCUUCAGACGUUCGGUUGUGGGAACUCCCGCCUAUCUGGCGCCCGAGGUGUUGCGCAACAAGGGCUACAAUCGCUCGCUGGACAUGUGGAGCGUCGGUGUCAUCAUCUAUGUGAGCCUCAGCGGCACAUUUCCCUUUAACGAGGAGGAGGAUAUUAACGAUCAGAUACAGAACGCGGCAUUCAUGUAUCCACCAAAUCCAUGGAAGGAGAUCUCCUCGAAUGAAUCAAAACUCAAAAAAAGAAAACCUGUAUCGGGCAAGGCCGGGAUAUACCCCAUUGACCUCAUCAACAACCUGCUGCAGGUGAAGCAGCGCAAACGCUACACAUGCGACAAGAGUCUGAUGCACUAUUGGCUGCAGGAUAAGCAGACAUACAGGGAUUUGCGUAAUUUGGAGACGCAAGUGGGUCUGGGACGCUAUCUCACCCAUGAGGCGGACGAUGUGCGCUGGGACAGCGCUGGUGACAUUUGACCUGCUGCAGGUGGCAAAACAACAACAGCAACAACAGCAACAACAACAACAACAACAACCGCAACAAAUCCAGAACUGAUGCAACCGCUGUCCGGCUGCCAUAGCGCGCCCAGCGAUAGCUAUCCAUCCCCAUCGAACUGUGCCGGCUGCCAUCGUCUGACCAGCUCGCCGAAAGUGGAGGCCAUUGGCGAUAAGGCGUUGAAGUGGAUGCGCUUUCAUCUCUGCAAGCACAUCAAAUAGCGUCCACUUAGCCAUUGCUUUUUCUAUACAUAUUUUAUUGUUUAUAUACACAUACAUACAUAUGUUUCUCACUGACUGUAAAUUAACGAAAAUUUUUAAUUAGCACCUUGUUCGAAAGUGAAAAAAACUAAAUUAAAAAUUUUCAUCGAUCUAAACUUAACCGCCAAAAUUUCGAUGUAACUGUGAAUUUUGAAAUAUCUUUUUUCAUGCUCGCACUAGCGCUUGCUCUUGCUAAAAAAAAAAAAAGAAAAAGAAAAUCACAUUUCCAUCUGAAAAAAUUAUAUUUCUCACAUGCUUGU